UCCUAGAAUUAGCACUCCGGAUCAGUAGUUUUAUGGAAACUUCACGUCUUUAUAAAGAACCUCAACAAACAUUACUUGUUGUACUUGUUCUUGAUUUAUUCUUUCUCUCCUCUGUGGCAGAAUUGAACCUCAACAAACAUUACUUGUUGUACUUGUUCUUGAUUACUUCUCUCUCUCCUCUGUGCCAGAGUUACUUAAUUGUUCUUCAUAGUGCUAACUACUCCCAUUCUUUCUUCUCCGUUCUUUCACAGUGAGUCAAAUUCUAGUAGAUCAUUGAUUAUUGAAGGAUUUUCUCUUUCGAUUCUUGCCUCGUUCUUGUUUUUGUUUUUCAAUGCGCAAUACAAAUCAAAGACCAUGUCACGGCUUCGUAAGGGCGUUCGAUUUCAGCCAACUGAAGUGGAGUUAAUUAACUAUCUCAAAAGGUUCUUGAGGGGUCAAUCUUUACCGAGUCUAUACCCUAUUCGGCUUGCCGAUAUCUAUGGAGAUCAACCUCCAUCUGUGAUUCUUGGAGAAGAGAAAGUAGGCUACUUUAUUUCACUGUUGAAGAAGCGGAAGAAUUCAGAUGAAAGGUUUCGUCGAACUUGCGCCAACGGGACUUGGACAGGCCAAACUAGUGGUAUACCUAUCGACAAUCGCAAGGGAACUGUCAUGGGCUUUAGGAGAAAUUUAAAAUAUACUAGUAAGGAAAAAAAGCAAAAGAGUACUACUAGUUGGUUGAUGAGAGAGUACUUCGUGGGAGAUGAUUUCUUUAGGAAAAACGAUAUUCCUAAGCAAGAUUUUGUAGUGUGUCGAAUCAAGAAGAUUAUAAAGGAGAAAAAGGUAAAGGAUGUUGCGGUAACCCAACAAGAUGUUGCGGGAGUUUUCGAGGCUAUGUUGCACAAAUCUGAUGAUGACUACAACACGACACAAGUAACAACAAUUUGUCAAGCUGAAUAUAAAAUCAUGGACGAGACUCAGAAGACCAACAAAAAAGAACAUAAUAGCAAUUUCACUGACUGCUUCGAGGAGAUCGAUUGGGCUGAUGAUCUGCUCAUUAAUAUUGACGAUUUUGGUGACAUAAUUUGAAAAUAUAUGCGGCAGUGGAUUGUUUCCUUUUCCAGCCCCUUCAUAAAAUUAACUUGAAAAUAUAUGCUAACAGAUUGAUUUAGUCUAGUUCACUUAAGGUUCCUAGUCUUCAGUUAUUUUGCAGGAUGUAUUCAUUUUUUUGUACAUUCACGUUGUCUAAUUGCCUAUUGGGAGUGAAAGAUAUAUAUAUAUAACGGACUAUCGUAUCUUUACAUUUA